AAAUCUGUUGGAACUUCGAGCAAUCUUCUACGCAUGCAAACACUUUCUUCCCCAGAUCAGAGGGCUUACAGUAAGGAUACUGACAGACAACGUAGCGGCGAUGUAUUAUGUCAACAGACAAGGGGGAGCACGAUCACGUUCCCUAUGCGCCGAGGCAGUGCGGUGCUGGAAUUGGUGCAUACAGAACAACGUAAGCAUAACAGCAUCGUACUUACCUGGCACCGCCAAUGUGAUUGCAGACUCCCUCAGCAGACAGUUUCCCACGGAUCACGAGUGGGAAGUAAGGACAGACGUUCUAUCUGCCAUAUUCCAGAGAUGGGGUACUCCACUGGUAGACCUAUUUGCAACAUACGACAACAAGAAAUGUCACCUAUAUUGCUCGAGAGCGGGGCUCGGCAAGAGCUCUCUCGGCGAUGCGUUUCUGAUCAGGUGGAAGAAAGCACUUCUGUAUGCGUUUCCUCCCACGCCGCUUAUCUCCAGAACACUAGAGAAAAUCAGGUUAGAGGCAGCAACGGUCAUUUUCCUAGCUCCAGCAUGGCCCAGACAAGCCUGGUUUCCAUUCUUACACAGGAUGUCAAUUCAACCACCUUACCUUCUUCCUCUCCAUCAGGAUCUCCUCACUCAGGAAGGGGGGACACUGUUACACCCCAGGCUGCAGUCGCUGCAUCUGACGGCGUGGCUUCUUACUGGUUGAAAGGAGAUGAAAAUCUAUGCUCCGAAGAGGUCAAGACAGUACUUCUUCAUAGUAGAAAACAGUCUACACGGAAUACCUACCUGGCAAAGUGGCGGAGAUUUUCUGACUGGUGCAUUCAGAACAAUAUACACCCCCUAUCGUCUCCUCUACAGAACGUUUUGGACUACAUCCUUGAUUUACGAGAGUCAGGUCUUACGCUUUCGUCUUUAAGAGUGCACUUGGCAGCCAUCAGUGCUUUUCAUCAACCAGUAGGGGGUUCUGCGCUCUUCUCUCACGCAAUUACAAAAAGGUUCUUGAAGGGACUUCAAAACUUAUAUCCGCCACGAAGCGCGCCCUCUCCUUCCUGGAAUCUCGAUUUAGUGCUGGAUACCAUUAUGCACCCACCUUUCGAACCCUUGGCAUCGGUUUCGCUACAUAUUUUAACGAUGAAAACAAUCUUCCUGCUUGCAAUUACAUCGGCGAGACGGGUAGGGGAAUUGGGGGCGCUGAUGGCAAGCCCCCCCUUCACUGUUUUUUCCAAGGACACAGUAACGCUCCGAUUACAUCCGGACUUUAUCCCCAAAGUUUGUUCUUCUUUCCAUAUCAAUGAACCUAUCGUUCUUCCGACCUUUUAUCCCAAACCUCAUUCCUCCAGUAGAGACGCUCUGUUCCACACACUUGACUUCCGACGUGCACUGUCGUUCUACAUAGACAGAACGCGCCAGUGGAGACGAACCGACAGGUUGUUGGUAUCUUUGGCACCUAGAUCGAAAGGCAAGGCACUUUCCACUCAACGCAUUGCAAAAUUAAUCACACUCUGUAUUAUGGAAUGUCAUUCAAUUAGAAACAAACCUCUUCCUUCAUUACCUCGGGCUCACUCCACGAGAGCUGUAGCGACUUCCACUGCAUUUGCAAGGGGAGUUCCCCUGGCGGAUAUUUGCCGUGCGGCUACUUGGGCUUCUAGUAUAACUUUCGCACGGCAUUAUGCCAUAACGAAGAGGUGGGCUUCAGACGCUGCAGUAGCCUCUGCGGUACUGUCCACGGUAGAAAAUAAUUGACCCGGAGCGCGUUCUGGGUUACUGCUUUGUGCUCCACGCCCCACCCUCCUCCCCGCUCCGGGUCUCUCUGCUUUGUCUUUCAGGGACCGAGCGGUGAGAGGAACUGACAAGGGGGGGGCCGGACCGUUGCAAAGGCGCGAACGCCGCGCGCUCCGCUCGCGCAUGCGCGGUCCGGCCCAACUACGGCUAUGGAAAACUUCCGAUCAGCGGCGCCGGGACGGGACCCGACACCUGGAGUGGAGCACCCACGGGGACCACUUGAAGAAGAACUGGUAGGUAGGUGUACAACCUGAUUCAAGUGGAGUUCAGAGGAAGUCUUUGAAAUAAAUUUGGGAUGAACCUUAAAAAAACUUCAUCCUUCUGGAAGGCAGUAUGGGGAAGGUCUGUGAUAAGGUUCCCACACUCACCUACAUUUCUGGUGGAAAUGACUGCAGUCAGGAUAGACACCUUUAGAAAUAGAUGAAGCAUGCAAUAAGAGGCUAACAGUUUGAAUAGAGGAUUGAGGUCCCAAGCCGGCAUUGGUUUCAGUACUGGAAUUAAGUUUCUGGAAAGGCCUUUCAGAAACACCACAGUUGUUUGGUAAGUCAAGACUAAACAUUCUUCAGUGGAAGAUGUAAGGCAUUAAUCACAGCAAAUAUGCAUGUAGUGAGCUGACAGAUGUCUUUAAAACAGGGGUUGUCAGAAAUGGUAGGAAUUAGUGAGAGCUCUGGAAGUGUCUGAUAAUAUUGGGAUCGGACAGAAAAUGUCUUCCAUUUUGCAACACAACAUUUUCUCACAGAGCAUCUCCCACCACUAUUGAGGAUGAAAUAUACUCCUUCUGAACAAGACCUCUCUCUAGGCUCAUCAUCCAUCCAAAUACUAGACUGUAAAAUGAAAGGAUGCUGAGCUGGUGGGAAUACUGAGUCAGCAGGAUGGAAAAUAGCUGGAUGUGUAUGCACAGAUAAUACAAAGAAUGCUGGACCAAAACUACCUUGGUUACCAGGGCACUACAAGGAUUACUGAUAUCUGACCUGCUUCAUUUUCCUCUGGAUUUCCAGUAAGAGUGGAAUGGGUCAGAAAGCAUUAUUAGUGGUUCAGAACAUAGCACUAAGAAUGCCUCCCCUUUGAAACGUCAAACUGCUUAAGAGCAGUAGGCCAGGCAUCUCGAAGAGGCAGGGGAGGGGAAGA